ACCACAGUAAAACUCGUUUUGGGUGGAACUUUGAACUUUUCCAGCAAAUAAACGGUGACCGACUGGAUGUGAGCUGCAGGGGAGCUUUGAGCCGUGGACACUGAACAGAAAGUGUCUUUAGUUUUGAUUUUUAUCGUCAAACAGCUCGCGCUGUUGGACAGGAGCGCAGAGGAAAUGUCCCCCCGCUACAAAAACAAAGUCGUCGUUGUGACCGGAGGGUCCAAAGGGAUCGGCAGAGGGAUCGUCAGAGUGUUUGUGGAAAAUGGAGCCAAAGUGGUGUUUUGCGCACGAGGAGUUGCAGCAGGUGAAACUCUGGAGGCGGAGCUUAACGCAGCAGGACCGGGCGCGUGCAAGUUUGUCAGCUGUGACAUGUCCAAGGAGGAGGACAUUAAGAGGUUGAUCAGAGUCACCGUGGAGCUUUACGGUCACAUCGACUGCCUGGUCAACAACGCAGGAUGGCACCCUCCUCAUAAACCCAUGGAUGAAACCACAGCAGAGGAGUUCAGAGAUCUGCUCAACCUGAACCUCGUCAGCUACUUCUCGGCUUCUAAAUUUGCGUUGCCGUUCCUGCGACAGCGUCAGGGAAGCAUCGUUAAUGUUUCCAGUCUGGUGGGAUCCAUCGGUCAGAAAGAUGCAGCUCCUUAUGUUGCCACAAAAGGGGCGAUCAUCUCCAUGACGAAGGCCAUGGCUGUGGAUGAGAGUCGUUAUGGAGUGAGGGUGAACUGCAUCUCUCCAGGUAACGUGAUGACACCUCUGUGGGAAGAACUGGCAGCACAGACGCCAGACGCUGCAGCUGCUAUCAGAACGGGUGAAAAUUCUCAGCUGAUGGGUCGUAUGGGGACAGAGGCCGAGUGUGGACUGGCCGCCUUGUAUCUGGCAGCAGACGCCACUUUCUGCACCGGCAUCGACCUGCUGCUCAGCGGAGGAGCUGAACUCAACUACGGCUUCAAAAGUCAGAUCUCAACCUGACCUUUCUGACCUCCAAGGAAUCCUGUGGUUUUAUGAGCAGCUGGGGAUUCAUUUUACACUGGCAUGUCUGUUUACAUGAUUAACAUUAACUUAAAAA